UUGCUGACAUGCUCUCAUGUUCUUUGGUUCAAGCUGCUCAAGCUGAAGCUGUCAAAAAAUUUCAAUGGUGGAGCAACCCCACUCCCCUUUUCAUGCUUUUCAUACCGUGCAUUUGUGCAGCCUCGUGGGUGCGCCCAGUGGGGUGCCGUUGGGGCUCCGUCGUCGGCCAAUGACCUCUGAGACCAACGGCCAGGACUGCGGCCCUCAGCUUUUCCAAACGCACAUGGGGCGACACAAGCAGAUGGCAACAACAUGCCUACUUGGUGGGCCACAAAGCUGGGACCAACAUGUUGCACAGGAUCAUCAUGCGGCGGGCUUUUGAUAUCCUAGGUCCUAGGCGGCAUGGAUAGUUGCAACUAUGACGGCAGAGGUGGCACACUGACUGAACUGUCGCCCAAGCAUCAGGAUUGUCAUUCGCAUCCUGCAAGGAUUCGUUACACCCAUCAUUCCUCACAGGUGACGACGUUCAAGGGCUGCGCGGUUUGACAGCCGGAGCAGGUGGCUUUCGUGGAGUCACCAUCGGGGUGCAGAGGCAACCACAGUGUUGGGUGUAAACAUUACAGACAUGAACCCAGAGCGGGGGAUUCCAGAGAUGGCGAAUCGUUGAUGCCAACAAGGUCAGCAAGCCGGACAUGAUGGCUGUUCGCUUCGAGACGAUCACUAGUAGCUCAACGAGCUUCAAUUGCACGGUGCAGGAGCUUUGGAGCAGAAACAUUUUGGAGUGCCAGGACGUUUCUGUGUACUGUACUUAGCAAUGUGAAUUUGUUUAGCAGUAGCAGGGCUGGACCUGACAUAUGCUUGGGGAUUACGCCCUCCACAAGAUAUUUGGGAGCUUUGGCCGCCUUGUGGGCAAGGAGAUCGUCCGCUUCAUGUUUCGGGAUGAGAUUGCAGAGAAGCAGAGACAAGCGAUCCUGGAUGACGUAGUUAAUGAAGACCUCAACCCUGGUGAUGAAAAUGGGCGUGCUUGUCACCAGUCUCCGAAGGCUCGGCCCAAUUCUGUAAAUGCGUUCAACCUCACGAAUGAUGACGAGGAAAUGCUGGAGAGCAGAAGGUGUUCGCCACUAGUGAAGCCUCACAUCUAUGCUGAGAUCUUGAAACUCAGGCUAUAAGGAGCUUUCCGUGGAGCUUGGGUAGAUACCGGGCCAACACCGAAAACCCGUGGCUUCUGCGCGCCCAAAAAAGGUGGCUUCGCGCCUGAAGAACCUCGCGCACCUUGGUGUUUCGAAGAGUUGAAAGAGAUGUUUUAGUCCAACUUUUCGAACGGAGCCGCAGAACUGGGAUCUCAGAGAAAAUCUGGUCCCAGCCUGCUGAAAGUUGGAAUGGCUUGUGCUACCUCGCAGCUUCCACUGGGUGCACGAUGUGUAGUGUGGUAAAUCGGAGGGCAGAGAAACAUCAUGAAACAUCACUUGAAUGAUGACGAAGGGUUCGAUUCUAAGCAAGCUGUCUUGAACUCGGAGGCAAAAGAUUCACCCUUGCAGUCGGCUCAUCUUUUCCCUCGUUCCCGAUGUGGUUUGCCGCGAUCCGGAGAUGGGUCGGACCCGACCGUCGGGGCAUCAAAGCGGUCGGAAGUCACCAAACACUGGACGCCAAAUCCCAUCGACGGAGAAUGAAAAAACACAAGAGUGGGACCACCAAAAAGCAAGAGGACCAAAUCUGAAAGCCAAACCGACGAACCCAAG